AUGGCGAGGCGCAUCGCGAAUCCAAGGUACUACCAAGGAGUAGUUGUCGUAGCCGCGGCACCGUCCUUUUGGGAGCUGCUAGUGCUGUGCGUUGUGGUGCUGGGCAUGCUCUCGUUCUUGGUGCUCUCGCCGCUCGUUUUCAAGUUCUGGAAGCGCAACACGCAGCAGCCAAAGGGACGACGAGCUUUCGCGCAGCGACGACAAUCCACACUCACAGCUUUCGCGCAGCCCAGCAGGGAGUGCUCGUUUUGCUGCAUCGACAUCAACUUGCUCAAGCUCAAGACAAUGUCCGGGAUUCGGAAUAUUGACUUUGGCCGGACUCCUGCUGUACGACCAUCGAGUAAUAACCCAAUCUUCUAUGCUCCUCGCAUCAGUGACUACGAAUACCUUCUUGACUACCAACACUCGAGAAUGAUGCCAGGUGUUGUUCUUGACUUCCAGAGCUCAAGAAUGGUGCCAGCGGUUCACAGCGGGUCCCUUGACACUGAUCUAGCUGAGCUGCCAAGGAGCGUUGUUCCACAGCCUCCAAUCACCUCGGAAGUUCGUUUGCCUUUGACAAUGCUCGACUUUGUGAUCCCUCCGGCUUUCAUGCCUGGUCAGCUGCAGCAAGAGCAAAGCCAUCACGACAUAACGACUGCCUCCAGCGUGAGCUCUGAGCCGCAGUUACUGCUGGAGAUUGACAAUGAAUUUCUCAAGCGCUUGGAGGUCGUCUCUGAGCUCCUUAUCGCAAGGUCAAUCCAGGAGUCACGCAUGGCCAUGGCUUGUGUUGGUUAUGGCCAGCUACAGUGUUUGCUCAUGAUCUUGCUUCAGCAGCAGAGUCAUGACGAUGGUGUGCUCAACACGUCCAAUGAGUUUUUACGUACGCUGGUAAAGCACACAAGAGAAGCCAAGUGUACAUUCCUCGACCUCAAUCAAGACAUAUCGGUCUCACAACUCUACGGUCAAGACUUUAUGCCUCUGCAGCGUCAAUCGGUGAUGAUCAAGGGAUUACGGAGCAAUGCAAUCUUCACGCUCCAGGUGAUUAGUGAGCCCGGCUUAAUUCCCGGAUGUGGUUCGAAGUCCUACAACUCUAGCGUAAGAAUACUUUCCAUAUUCCUUGGCUCAGUGGUUCCAAGUCCAGCAUACUCUUUUCCACUAAAUGUUGCGUUGCCGGAGCUGGCAAGUGGUGCUCGUUCUGUUCUUCGCAUCACCAGCGGCAUGGAAGCUCCUCUUCCUGGUCGGCCUGGUGCUCCACUGCUGCUCAACAAUCUAUGCUGUUCACGCUUUUCUGGUGAUCUUUCCUCGUGGACUUGUGUGGAGCUCCAGGUGCCGAGUUAUCCAUCACUGUUUGAGUUGGCGGUGCUCAAACUCAACGCAGUUAUUCCGCAGCCUCCAAUCACCCCACUGCUUAUCAAGCUAGUCUGCGUCAACUUCCAAGGAGAUUACAAUACUACUAACUUUCCAGCAAUCUGCGAGCGGGAAGUACAUCGCGACAUUGUGCCUGAGAGAGGAAAACAAGAAGCUCCUUGGUUCCUUGGUGCUCGGCUGCUGCUCAACGAUGAUGAAAGCCCUCCAUGCUCUUUACGGUUUUGUGGCGCUCUUUCCUCCGGGACUUGUGUUGAGCUCCAGGCGCCGAUUUAUCCAUCAUUAAUCGAGCGAGCGUUACUUUAUGAACCAUAUCCGUCUUGGACGUUCUGGACGCUCUAACUGAACGAUU